UCUAAAUAGCAAAAACUUGAAGGAGCCAGAGUUCACUUUGAACAUAAAACCCUAGCUCUCUCUCUCUCUCUCUCUCUCUCUCUCUCUCUCUGUUUUGAACACUCCCUUUACUCUCACUCCCUCUCUCUGUCUCCGUCUCUGUUUCCCUCUCCCUCUCUUGUGCGCGUGAACAUCUACAUCGGCAACAAUGUCAUCCAUGCUGCAACCACAGAUCAUACUGUUGAAGGAGGGAACGGACACGUCGCAAGGGAAGGCGCAGCUGGUGAGCAAUAUAAACGCUUGCACAGCGGUGGCCGAUGUGGUGAGGACCACGCUGGGGCCUAGGGGCAUGGACAAGCUCAUCCACGACGACAAGGGCAGCGUUACUAUUUCCAACGAUGGCGCCACCAUCAUGAAGUUGCUUGAUAUAGUUCACCCCGCCGCCAAGAUCCUUGUCGACAUCGCCAAGUCGCAGGACUCUGAGGUUGGCGAUGGAACAACAACAGUUGUUCUGCUUGCAGGGGAGUUUUUGAAGGAGGCCAAGCCUUUCAUAGAGGAUGGGGUGCACCCACAAAAUUUGAUAAGAAGUUAUCGAACCGCUAGCUAUUUGGCAAUUGAGAAAAUCAAAGAACUUGCUGUAAGCAUAGAGGGGAAGAGCCUUGAAGAGAAGAAAACACUGCUAGCUAAAUGUGCCGCCACUACACUUUCUUCAAAACUUAUUGGUGGAGAAAAGGAGUUUUUUGCAUCCAUGGUCGUGGAUGCUGUCAUUGCAAUUGGUGAUGAAGAUCGUCUCAACAUGAUUGGAAUAAAGAAGUAUUUUGCAGAUAGAGAUAUAUUCUGUGCUGGGCGUGUAACUGAAGAAGAUCUCCAACGGGUAGCUGCUGCCACUGGUGGCACUGUGCAGACAUCCAUCAACAAUGUUAUUGAUGAGGUCCUUGGAACAUGCGAGUGUUUUGAGGAAAAGCAAGUUGGAAAUGAGAGGUUUAAUAUAUUUAGUGGAUGUCCAUCAGGUAGGACAGCUACAAUUGUUCUUCGUGGUGGAGCUGAUCAGUUCAUUGAGGAAGCGGAGCGGAGUUUACAUGAUGCUAUCAUGAUUGUUAGAAGAGCACUAAAGAAUUCGACUGUAGUUGCUGGUGGUGGUGCUAUAGAUAUGGAGAUCAGCCGGUACUUGUGGCAGAAAGCACGCAAAAUUACUGGAAAGUCUCAGCUUUUCAUUAACUCGUAUGCAAAAGCUCUUGAGGUUAUCCCACGACAACUCUGUGACAAUGCGGGAUUUGAUGCGACUGAUGUGUUAAACAAACUUAGACAGAAACAUGCGCUUCCAUCUGGUGAGGGUGCACUUUAUGGAGUGGACAUCAACACAGGUGGAAUUGCUGAUUCAUUUGCUAACUUUGUCUGGGAGCCAGCAGUUGUGAAGAUCAAUGCUAUAAAUGCUGCUACAGAGGCUGCUUGCCUUGUUUUAAGUGUCGAUGAGACAGUAAAAAACCCUAAGUCCGAGAGUGCACAGGGAGAAGCUGCUGCGAGUGCCAUGGGAGGUAGAGGGCGUGGAGGUGGUCUUCGUGGUCGUGGGCGCGGGAUGCGAAGGCGAUAGUUGUGAGAGUUUUCUCAAAGGUGGUUAAAGCAUACAGUUUUGUCAUUCUGGUUUAUGGUGUGCUUAGAAAUUAUACUUCCAUUUGAAUGGACUGAUGAAUGUGGCUGUAUCAACUUGCAUACCUGAAUGAUUCGCUUCUCAAAUGGCUGAGAACUGUUUGUGGAUUCUGAGAAUGGAGUCUUAUGUUAGUUGGAUGUGCAAAGUAGCAACUUGUGGGUAGCUGCGACGUACCUGUGGUUUGAACUAGGUUUAAAGAGCAAGAGUUGUGAUAUAUUUGACUAGUGUUUUUGUUCUGGCAUUGAACUAAGACAAAUUUUGGGACCUCUAGGUCCAUUUUCCCUCUCCU